CCCUGGACAUGGCCUCCAAGAUCCACAUGCCAGGCCCAAUGUGCCUCAUUGAGAACACUAAAGGGCAACUGGUGGUUAAUCCAGAAGCUUUGAAGAUCCUGUCUGCCAUUGAGCAGCCUCUUGUCGUGGUGGCUAUUGUGGGUCUCUACCGCACAGGCAAAUCCUACCUGAUGAACAAGCUGGCUGGGAAGACCAAGGGCUUCUCUCUGGGCUACACGGUACAGUCUCACACCAAGGUCUGGAUGUGCUGUGUGCCUCACCCUGAGAAGCCAAGCCACACCCUUGUUCUGCUUGACACUGAGGGCCUGGGGGAUGUAGAGAAGACCUGUUUGGUAGCAAAACGAGAUGACUUUUGUAAGCAGAACGUGAAAGUAUCAUCAGAUUCUUGCAUGGCCUUACUUCAAGAUAUUUUCAAUCCCCCAGAAGAAGAUGUGAUGAAGCAAGGGACAGUUUCUAAAACGGGAGGCUAUUAUCUCUUUAUUCAGAAGGAACACAAGCUGAUAAAUAAGUACUACCAGGUGCCCAGAAAGGGGAUACAGACAGAAGAGACACUGAGGAAAUACCUGGAGUCCAAGCAGGAUGUGGCUGAUGCACUUCUACAGACUAAUCAGUCACUCAUAGAAAAGGAAAAAGAGAUAGAAGUGGAACGUAUGAAGGCUGAAUCUGCAAAAGCUGCAAAAAAAAUGUUGGAGGAAAUGCAAGAGAAGAAUGAACAGAUGAUGGAAGAGACAGAAAAGAGUCAUCAGGAACAUGUGAAACAGCUGACUGAGAAGAUGAAGGACAGGACCCAGCUCAUGGCAGAGCAACUGAGGAUUCUACAACUUAAACUUCAGGAACAGGACCGGCUUCUCAAGGAGGGAUUCCAGGAAGAGAGCAAGAAACUUCAAAAUGAGAUGAAAGCCAUUCAGAGAAGCAGAGGAUUUUUCCCAAUAUGUAACAUACUCUAA